AGGUAGUAUCGGAUAGCAUUAUUAUGAUAUAAACAAUAAACGUUCAUUCGUGAAGAUACAAUAUGCUUCACGUUUCCAUUUUUAUAUUUUCUUUCAUAAAAAAAUCAAAUUAUAGGUGAAUUGUCCCGAAGGACAUUGCCCGCAGAAGGAAUAGAAGAAGAAUAAGAUGAAAAACUAAUUAAAUUAUAGGUUAGGUAUGUCAAAUUAUAGGUUAGGCAUGUCAAAUUAUCCCAAAAUUCAGUUCUGUGAUCCCACCACAAUUUGCCCAAAUCGGCCAGCAGUGUUGCACUUUCGGUCUCCUUGGUGGAACGGAUUUUUAGUAUGUUAAAUAUAGCCUAUAUCCUAUCCAGUAAAAUAAUACAGAUCAGUGGAAAUAAUACCCAACUGCGACAAUAUCGAGCAACUUCACGAUCUUGUCUAUGCUUCCGCAAUAACCAUACUUCAGCUGCACGGUCAAUCCAUUAAGCCUCACACCGCCACACCACCGUAAACUAGCGAAACCAGCCCUGGCUGGAUAAAAAGAUUACAAAACAAAAUAAUCAACCUUCGGGCGCAAAUAGGAAUUCUGACUGAACUAUUUAAACAACAUCCAAUCAAAAGAGUGAAGAAAAAGGCCAAGUAUAUAAUAGAAAAACAUCAUAGUGAAAAUAACAAAACAGACGCUGAAAUUCUAGACUUCCUAAAACAAAGACUAAAAGUAAUGGCAAGCAGGUUAGGAAGAUACAAGGAGGCAUACCAACGGCGCAAAGACAAUAGUCUAUUUACCAAAAGUCAGAGAUCCUUCUACCGUAGGCUUGACCCUACUACAACCCAAGCUGAUGGAAAAUAUCUCAAUCCAGAAGAGAUCCAAAAAUUUUGGAGUAACAUAUGGGAAAAACCAGUAACACACAAAACUUUAGCCCAAUGGAACAGACACGAAACAAAAAUCAGAGAAAAAGUGCCUAUGAUGAACCCACAAAAGAUAACGACCAGUGACCUAAAAGAAACUCUAAAAACAGCAGCAAACUGGAAAGCUCCGGGAUCGGACAAAAUCUAAAAUUACUGGUACAGAAGACUAACAUCCCUAUGGCCAAAACUAAGUUCCCUGCUUAACGAUCUUUUGCAGAACCCUGAAAAAAUACCUUCUUUUCUAACUCAGGGCAUUACUUACCUCAUACCAAAGACAGAAAUACCAAAUGAA